AUGUUCAUAAAUGCAAGUAGUGUUCAAUCACCAUUCGACGAUUAUGCUGAGCUCAUGGACUUCACUACUAUAAUCUAUAGCUUAUCGCUGUUCAACACUAUCCUCAUUAUAUUAUUUGUUGCUAUUUGUAUUGUACUAUGCGUUGGUGCAACCGUUCGAUUUGCUAGAAUUCGAGCAAUUAUAGAAGAUGCUGCGAAAAAGUGCAAACACAAAUGCCAGCUCCAUGUUGAUAAUAUACUACAGUUGCGCCAGUUAGAAGCUUGGGUCACCGAACCAGGCGAUCAGAAUUUAUGGAGAAAGCAACGGAUUGAGGUUUGUUGCAUGUCGACGAUCUUUAAUCUUAAUUUAUUUACCAUUCUGAAGAGGCCUAUCACUGACGUAAUAAUUUGGUUAGAUUUUUAA